AUGUCCUCCUCAUUCACAUCUUCUACCUUGUCGAAGGCUAGUUGUCACGCACUGAGCUUUUACUCAACUUCAUCAUCCUCCUCUCCGUUCGGUGGUUCAGUACAUGUGGACAGUCAUGGAUUCUUGAAAUCCUCCCACCGUGCUGGUGGCCCGACACUAUGCUCCCUUCCAGCUCUCACAAAAACAAAUAUUCCUUCUACAGUUCCCAGACUGUCCCUUCGAACUCAAGACCGUACAGCCAGCAUCCUAGGGGAACAUGGGCUUGGGUUUAGCUAUGUGAGGCUUGUGGGGCGCAUCUCAAAGGUUGACCCGGAACCUGAACCUAUCCUCACCAUGCUUAUUGUGAUGCCGGAUCAGCCAAAUCCGGACAAGUGGUACCGUGCUUUACGUCAUAUUCAGCCAGAGCUUGCAAAGGAUAUCCCCGGGAUCUGUGUUGAGCUGAUCGAAGAACAGCUAAAUCGGGGGAUCUACUGCUCCCCUGUGAAUAGGGGACACCCGAUCUAUCGCAAGUGGCCCUCGAUUGUCGACUUCAUUCUGUCGCAUGCUGAUUUCCGUGAGUGGACCGCUUUGGAAUGUUGGAGAUACGGAACAGACACAGUGAGACAGCUAAACCCUGUCACUGUCAUUGUUCAAGUCCGCAAAACAAGCACGUACCCAUUCAUCACAGCAGCACGGCAUCUACAUGGUAUCCUCGCAUACUUUGAUUUGGCAGAUGUGGACGUCUUAUUUCAGAGAGACAGCAAUACGCCACUCGUACAGAAUCCUACUCUAGAUAGAGAUGUUUGUGCGGGAGCGAUUCACCCCGGUGUUAGCCUCGGAAUCCAUCAAUGUUCCGCGGGAACUUCCACCCUUGGUGGCCUUGUACAACUCCAGUUUUCCGGUCAAACUGAAUGGCGUACCUACGGCCUGACAUGUUUCCAUGCUGUUUGGCCACCGACAAACCACCGCAACCCUGAGUGGUUCAAGAUUCACAACGCUGGAAAAGUAAAUCUAGCCAUUGCAACCUGGGAGUUCUCUCCACUUGAUCCUCGAAAGUCCGAAUCAUUCCCUGAUGUUGCUCAACAGAUUCUAUGGGUUGACCAUCCUUCACUGCGAGAUUUGGACAACACUAUCAAGGGAAAUAAUGAUAUUAUCGCGGAUCUCAGGACACCACGGUUUCUGCAGUGUGAGAAAGAGAUGAAUAAGGGUGACGAUGGAUUGCUCCCAGAAUCAGCCCAGGCCCACUACCGUGCAGUGGUCAGACAAAUCCAGGCCAUCGAGGAGACCCGCAGCGCUUUUAUCGCAAUGCGUGAUAGUGGCAGCUACCUUCUAGGUCAUGUUUAUGCUGGAAGCGGUCUCAAUAGAACGCCGGAGUUGAAAAACACAGAAGGAACCCAAGAACCGCGUCUGAUAUCCACCGACUGGGCUCUAAUUAAAAUCAACCCCGAGCGGUUACAACCACAGCAGCACGGAGACAAAAUUUCUGGCAACCGGCCUUUCCACUAUUCCCGCUUUGGACACCCAGGGUGGCUUCCGGAGCAGUUUAUCUAUGAUCCAAACUUUGAACCCUUGUGCGGCCUGAAACUCCACAAAUGUGGUCGCUCUACCGGAAUCACAACAGGAACAUACAGCUUUCUAGAUUGUGUUCGCUUCACUGAGACUUUAGACGAGUACGGGAUGGCUCAGACUAUUCCAACAUGGGAACACAAGGUUGCUAGCGGUCCAGAUGGCUCCUUUGCUGAGAAGGGUGACUCCGGAUCGUGGAUAUACACCCAAGAUGGUGCGGUUGUUGGAAUUUUAAAAUCUGGUGACCAGAGCAAAGACACCGGGACAAUGACUUUGAUGUCUGAAAUUUUCGAUGAUAUCAAGAGUAUCACCGGUGCCACCAAUGUGCGAAUCGCUCCCGACCCAGAUUUCUGA